AUGCAUUGGCGAACGACAUUAGCAUCCGCCUCUGCACUCUGGUCUAUAGCCACUGCAUUACCUAGCACACAAAGUCAAGAACCGUACCCAGAACCCUCCGCAACUCCGAGUCCCUCCUCAACUCCGAGUCCCUCCUCAACUCCGAGUCCCUCCUCAACUCCCAAGCCAGAAUGGAAAGACCCAACAUACACAGAUCCUCUCUGGCGACAAUACGGCCUCAACGCCUCCGCCGAAUACAAAUACUUCCAUGAACCAGGCAAUGACGAUAUCCUCGGCCACUACGAUUCGCGCUUCUUCGUCGGCCCUGUCUCCGAUGACAUCCGCGCAAAAACCCUCACCCACAUGAUCCGCGCAUACCUCACAUUUUUUCAUGAAAACAAACUAGAAACUUGGAUUGCGCAUGGAACUCUCCUCGGCUGGUGGUGGAAUGGUCGGAUUCUUCCCUGGGACUGGGACAUGGAUACGCAAGUACCCGAUACAACACUUGCUUAUCUAGCAGACCACUAUAACCAUACGGUCGUAGAAUAUGAGUCGCCAACAUCAGGAGAACAGCGCCAGUAUCUACUGGAUGUGAAUCCUUGGUCGAGGCAGCGAGAACGUGGACAGGGCAAAAACAUCAUUGAUGCGAGGUGGAUUGAUAUCCAGACUGGGCUGUAUAUUGAUAUUACGGGAUUGAGCCGAUUGGAGCCGGAUGCACAUCCGGAAAUUUGGCAAUGUAAGAACUUCCAUGAGUAUCGAAUUGGGAAUAUUUUUCCUUUGCGUGCGACGACUUUUGAGGGUGUUGAGGCUAAGGUGCCUUUUGAUUAUGAUUUGAUUCUACUGGAGGAGUAUUCAGAGGAGGCGUUGAUCAACACUACAUUUCACAACCAUACCUGGAUUCCUGAAAUGGCAGAGUGGAUGUCGGAUGAUGCCAUUGCCAAUCUAACCAUCGCAUUAUCCAACGGAACAUCUGUCGCGAAACAGUAG